AUGUACAAUGUAUGUAACAUAGAGGUAUCAGGCAGAUUCCUCAAUGAUAUAGAACCCAGAAACCAAACAGUUAUUUCAGAAUUCAUUCUACUGGGAAUGUCAGAGGAUCGAGAACUGCAGCCCCUCAUAUUUAGCCUGUUUCUGAUCAUAUACCUGGUCACUGUCAUUGGGAACCUGCUCAUUGUCUUGGCUGUCUGCUCUGAUUCCUACCUGCACACCCCCAUGUACUUUUUUCUCUCCAAUCUGUCCUUUACUGAUAUCUGUUUAAGCACAACCACUAUCCCAAAGAUGCUGGUGAACAUCCAGACACAGAAUCAGAGCAUCACAUACAGAGGAUGCCUCAACCAGAUUUUCUUUGUCACAGUUUUUUGUGCCUUUGAAAAUUUUCUUCUAGCACUAAUGGCCUAUGAUCGCUAUGCAGCCAUUUGUCAUCCACUGAGGUACACAGUCAUCAUGAACUUCUACUUCUGUGGCCUGCUGACUCUACUUUCCUUGUUCAUAAGUAUGGUGAUUGCUCUGCUUCACAGUCUGAUGAUUUUACAUCUGUCCUUCUGCACAGACCUGGAAAUUCCUCAAUUCUUCUGUGAACUUACUCAGGUCCUUAAAAUUGCCUGUUCUAGUACCCUAAUCAAUACCAUAUUGAUAUACUUUGCAGCUUGCAUAUUUGGUGGUGUCCCUGUCUUUGGCAUCAUAUUCUCUUACAUUAGCAUUAUCUUCUCUGUUUUGAGAAUAUCAUCAGCUGAAGGAAAGUAUAAAGCUUUCUCCACUUGUGGGUCUCAUCUUUCAGUUGUUUCAUUAUUCUAUGGGGCAGCUUUAAGUGUAUACUUCAGUUCAGCAUUUUCAAAUUCUCCAAAGAAGACAGCUGCAGCUUCAGUGAUGUAUAUUGUGGUCCCUCAAAUGAUGAAUCCUUUUAUUUAUAGUCUGAGGAAUAAGGAUAUAAAGGUAAGCUUGAAAAAAAUAUUUAGUAGAAUGCAUUGUUUUUAG